UCAAAUUAAAUGCAAUUAGAUCUAGUAUGAAUUGGCGAUCAGAACGUAUAUGGGUAGAACUUAUAACGGGAUCUCGAAAAAUAAGUAAUUUCUGCUGGGCCUUUAUCCUUUUUUUAGGUUCAUUAGGAUUCUUAUUGGUUGGAAUUUCCAGCUAUCUUGGUAGAAAUUUGAUAUCUUUAUUUCCCUCCCAGCAAAUUCUUUUUUUUCCACAAGGAAUCGUGAUGUCUUUCUAUGGGAUCGCGGGCCUCUUUAUUAGCUCCUAUUUAUGGUGUGCAAUUUCGUGGAAUGUAGGUAGUGGUUAUGAUCGAUUCGAUAGAAAAGAAGGAAUAGUCUGUAUUUUUCGUUGGGGAUUCCCUGGAAAAAACCGUCGCAUCUUCUUCCGAUUUCUUAUAAACGAUAUUCAGUCUAUUAGAAUAGAACUUAAAGAGGGUAUUUAUACUCGUCGUGUCCUUUAUUUGGAAACCAGAGGCCAGGGAGCCAUUCCUUUGACUCGUACUGAUGAGAAUUUGACUCCACGAGAAAUUGAACAAAAAGCUGCUGAAUUGGCCUAUUUCUUGCGUGUACCAAUUGAAGUAUUUUGAAAAAUAAAGUGACUCUGCCGUGUAUUCAUCGAAAGGAAGGAAUUUAUUUGCUUCGACUUGGAUCAAUUGCAAUAUCCGGAAACACUCUUUUUUUUAUCAUUUCUUCAUUCAAAUUCAAAGUGGACUUUUUGUCUAUUUCUGUAUUCUUUCAAGAUUCAAGGACUAAUUAUUAAAUCACAAAAAAAAAACAAUAGAUUCAUGGAUUCUAUACAUUGGAAUAGAAUUCAUGUUUGAUAGAAAUAUUAGAUCGCAUAAAGUUGACGAACGCGACGGGUUCAUUAACAAUUUAUAGAUGAAAAAAAAAAAAUGGAAAAAAAGAAAGCAUUUAUUUCUUUUCUAUAUCUUGUAUCUAUAGUAUUCUUACCCUGGUGGAUCUCUCUAUCAUUUCAAAAAAGUCUGGAAUCUUGGGUUACUAAUUGGUGGAAUACUAAACAAUCUGAAACUUUUUUGAAUGCUAUUCAAGAAAAAAAUCUUAUAGAAAAAUUCAUCGAAUUAGAGGAGCUCCGCUUGUUGGACGAAAUGAUAAAGGAAUAUCCGGAAACACAUCUACAAAAGCUUCGUAUAGGAAUCCACAAUGAAACGAUUCAAUUGAUCAAGAUGCAUAAUGAGGAUUGUAUCCAUAUUAUUUUGCACUUCUCGACAAAUUUAAUCUGUUUCCUUAUUCUAAGCGGUUAUUCUAUUCUGGCAAAUAAAGAACUUAUUCUUCUUAACUCUUGGGUUCAGGAAUUCCUAUAUAACUUAAGUGACACAAUAAAAGCUUUUAUUCUUUUAUUAACUGAUUUAUGUAUCGGAUUUCACUCGCCCCAUGGUUGGGAACUAAUGAUUGGCUCUAUCUACAAAGAUUUUGGAUUUGCCCAUAACGAUCAAAUUAUAUCUGGUCUUGUUUCCACUUUUCCAGUCAUUCUAGAUACAAUCUUGAAAUAUUGGAUUUUCCGUUAUUUAAAUCGUGUAUCCCCAUCACUUGUAGUGAUUUAUCAUUCAAUGAAUGACUGAAAAGAAUAAAAAAGGGUAUACGAAUCUAAAUCCAAUUCGAAUUAAGAAUUCGAAUGUUUGUUACUUUGUACAUAACCAAAGCAUUCAAAAUUGUACUUCCUCUUUAUAUUUCUACCCAUCUAAGGCGGGGAGUUCCUCCCAUAUUCCAGUAAUAUUAUUUCAUAAAAUUCAGUUUCGGUUAAAGUAAAUAGCAGAAUCGGGGAUAGGGAACUAUACUAGCAACCUACCCAAUUUAUUGUAGAAAUUUUCGGAAUCAAUGAUUGGACCAUGCAAACUAUAAAUACCUUUUCUUGGAUAAAAGAACAGAUUACUCGAUCCAUUUCCAUAUCGCUCGUGAUAUAUAUAAUAACUCGGUCAUCUAUUUCGAAUGCAUAUCCCAUUUUCGCACAGCAAGGUUAUGAAAAUCCACGAGAAGCGACUGGACGUAUUGUAUGUGCCAAUUGCCAUUUAGCUAAUAAGCCUGUGGAUAUUGAGGUUCCACAAACGGUGCUUCCAGAUACUGUAUUUGAAGCAGUUGUUCGAAUUCCUUAUGAUAUGCAAUUAAAACAAGUUCUUGCUAACGGCAAAAAAGGGGGUUUGAAUGUGGGGGCUGUUCUUAUUUUACCUGAGGGGUUUGAAUUAGCCCCACCCGAUCGUAUU